UACAACUGUCUGAAACAUUUACCUAUAUAAUUUGGGUAAAACGGCGGAAUAAAACACAACCGUUAAGUGAUCGCUCCCGUUUUUUUUUAGGUGACCUAAAUAACGUGAUAUUGUUUUUACGCACUCUGUCUGAGUGAUAUUUCUGCAGAAAGCCACGUCAAUCCACCGUGUAGGAGUGGACGCAACAAUCAUACGAUGUUGCUACUGAUAAUGCGAGCGCAGAUCUAAUGGAAUGAAUGAAUUCGCUUCAGAACGGCAGCGUCCUCCAUUGCAUCAUUUCACAAAUCUCACCAGGAGAAAACCAAUGACCGGACAACACAAGACAUCCCACAACAGGACGCGUCUAAAAAACUGACGGAACACAGCGGAGCGGUAGAUAGGGGCGACCUGAAUGAAACCGCGUCAAUAAGGACACUUCUCUGAGGCUUCUCUGGACCAAUAAGGUGGCAUGGCUGGCCUGUCGUUCUGUGGCAACAAUGUGACCAAGAAUGCCUACAGUGUGGAUACGGGGAUGUUGAACAAUGGCUGCUUCGUGGACGCCCUCAACCUGGUCCCUCACGUCUUCCUGCUCUUCAUCACCUUCCCCAUCCUCUUCAUUGGCUGGGGCAGUCAGAGCUCUAAGGUUCAGAUCCACCAUAACACCUGGCUCCACUUCCCUGGACACAACCUGCGCUGGAUCCUCACAUUCACUCUGCUGUUUGUCCACGUCUGUGAGAUCGCCGAGGGGAUCGUCUCCAACAAACAGAUGGACACCAAUCACCUCCACCUCUUUAUGCCAGCGUUUAUGGGUUUCAUAGCAGCCACUACAUCUGUGGUGUACUACCACAACAUAGAAACCUCCAACUUCCCCAAACUACUGCUGGCUCUGUUUAUCUACUGGGUUCUGGCGUUCAUCACCAAGUCCAUCAAGCUGUGGAAGUUUGCAGAGUACGGUGUUGGAGUGCUGCACCUGAGGUUCUGUAUCACAGCCCUGCUGGUCAUUCUGUACGGACUCCUCAUGGCUGUAGAGAUCAACGUCAUCAGGGUCAGGAGGUACGUGUUCUUCGCCAACCCCCAGAAGGUAAAGCCUCCAGAGGACCUUCAGGACCUGGGCGUGAGGUUCCUCCAGCCCUUCGUCAACCUCCUCUCCAAGGCCACAUACUGGUGGAUGAACCCCCUGAUUAUAGGAGCCCAUAAAAGACCCAUUGAGCUGAAGAAGAUAGGCAAGCUCCCCAUCGCCAUGAGAGCCCUCACCAACUACCUGAAGCUCAAAGACGCCUACGAGGAUCAGAGGCAGAAUGCCGAGGACCCAGAGAAGGCUCCAUCCAUCUGGCGUUCUAUGUACCGGGCGUUUGGCCGACCCAUCCUCCUCAGCAGUACCUUCCGUUACCUGGCUGAUCUGCUGGGCUUCGCUGGGCCGCUCUGCAUCUAUGGCAUCGUUGAACAUCUCAACAAAAAGCCUGUCAAGGAAGGGAGUGUGGUCCCCUAUUUCGAGGUCUACUUCAUGUCGUCCAACGAGCUGCUCCAGAAUACGUCAGUGCUGGCUGUUCUGCUGUUCCUGGCCCUGGUGCUACAGCGAACCUUCCUACAGGCCUCCUACUAUGUCACCAUAGAGACCGGCAUCAACCUCCGUGGAGCCCUGCUGGCGAUGAUCUACAACAAGAUUCUGCGUCUGUCCACCUCUAACAUGUCCAUGGGAGAGAUGACCCUGGGCCAGAUCAACAACCUGGUUGCCAUAGAAACCAACCAGCUCAUGUGGUUCCUCUUCCUGUGUCCCAACCUCUGGGCCAUGCCAGUGCAGAUUGUGAUGGGCGUGAUCCUGCUGUACUACCUGCUGGGAACCAGUGCUCUGAUUGGAGCUUCAGUCAUCGUGCUGCUGGCUCCAGUCCAAUACCUGAUCGCUACCAAGCUGGCUGACACCCAGAAGAGCACCCUGGACCAGUCUACGGAGCGUCUGAAGAAGACCACAGAGAUUCUGAAGGGGAUCAAGCUGCUGAAGCUGUACGCCUGGGAGAACAUCUUCUGUGACAGUGUAGAAGAUACCAGGGGCAAGGAGCUCACCAGCCUCCGCACCUUCGCCCUCUACACCUCCAUGUCUAUUUUUAUGAAUGCUGCUAUCCCCAUCGCUGCUGUGCUUGUGACGUUUGUCAGCCACGCCCUGAUCAACAAGUCCAAACCCAGCUCCUCGGAGGCCUUCGCUGCUCUGGCCCUCUUCCACAUCCUGGUUACCCCACUGUUCCUGCUCUCCACCGUGGUCCGCUUCGCAGUCAAGGCCAUGGUCAGCGUCCAGAAGCUGGGUGAGUUCCUGCAGAGCGAUGAGAUUGGCGAUGACAGCUGGAGGAACGGAGACAUGUCUGUGUCCCUAGAGGCCUGUAAGAAACACCCUGGGGCGACCAAGGCUAUAAACAGGAAGCAGCCCCUGCUCUACCAGAUGGACAGCUAUGAGCAGCCAACACGCAGACCACUGCGACCCAACGAGACUGAGGACGUGGCUGUCAAGGUGAACAGUGGAUUCUUCACAUGGGGAAGCAACUUGUCAACGUUGUCCGACAUCAACAUCUGCAUUCCAACAGGUCAGCUGACCAUGAUCGUUGGCCAGGUGGGUUGUGGGAAGUCGUCCCUGUUGCUGGCCAUGCUGGGAGAGAUGCAGACCCUCAGUGGAAAGGUCUACUGGAGCAAACUGCCUGUGAGUGAGAUGCUGCACGAGGCCAACAGUUGUUUUGAGACGGACGGGUCUUUUGAAGAAACCAGGAGUAAGAACAGGUACUCUGUGGGCUACGCUACCCAGAAGUCUUGGCUGCUGAAUGCCACCGUGGAGGAUAACAUCACGUUUGGCAGUCCCUUCAACAAACAGAGAUACAAGACUGUGAUUGAUGCCUGCUCCCUGCAGCCUGAUGUAGACCUCCUGCCCUUCGGAGACCAGACGGAGAUCGGAGAGAGGGGGAUCAACCUGAGUGGAGGCCAGAGACAGAGGAUAUGUGUGGCUCGGGCUCUCUACCAGAACACCAACAUAGUCUUCCUGGAUGACCCGUUCUCAGCGCUGGACAUCCACCUGAGUGACCACCUGAUGCAGGAGGGCAUCCUGAAGUUCCUACAGGAUGAUAAACGCACCGUGGUCCUGGUCACACACAAACUGCAGUACCUCAUCCAUGCUGACUGGAUCAUAGCCAUGAAGGAUGGCUCAGUGCUGAGGGAAGGCACACUGAAGGACAUUCAGACUCAUGAUGUAGAGCUGUAUGAACACUGGAAGACCCUGAUGAACAGACAGGACCAGGAACUAGAGAAGGACACUGAGAUUGAUAACUGUCAGACUGCUCUGGAGAGGAAGACCCUGAGAAGAGCUUUCUACUCCAGAGAGGCCAAGAACCAGGUCGACGAUGACGAAGAAGAGGAGGAAGAGGAGGAGGAAGAUGAUGACAACAUGUCGACGACCACCAGUCGGCGCUCUAAGAUCCCGUGGAGGGUGUGCUGGCAGUACCUGUCCUCUGGUGGCUUCCUCAUGGUCUUCCUCAUGGUCUUCUCCAAGCUGCUGAAACACUCUGUCAUGGUCGCCAUCGACUACUGGCUGGCCGAAUGGACUGCUAAAGGCAAUGUCCCAGUCAAUGGGACUGCUAAUGGCAAUGUCCUAGUCAAUGGGACUGCUUAUGAUGAUGUCCUAGUCAAUAGGACUGCUUAUGGCGAUGGCCCAGUCAAUGGGACUGCUAAUGGCGAUGCUAAUGGAUAUGGCCCAGACUUUGGAAAUGUUACAAGAGACUUUGUCAAUGCCUCUGCAGCAGCUGUCUUCUCCAAUUGGACAAACUCAGCGGCUGGUCUGCCUGACUCCUACUAUGUGCCAGUGUUUAUCAUCCUGUGUGGAGCGGGGAUAGCCCUGUGUCUGAUCACCUCUCUGACUGUGGAGUUCCUGGGUCUGUCUGCUGCUACCAACCUGCACCACAACCUGCUCAACAAGAUCAUCCACGCACCUAUCAGAUUCUUUGACGUGACCCCCUUGGGCCAGAUCCUGAACCGUUUCUCAGCUGACACCAACAUCAUAGAUCAGCACAUCCCUCCUACCCUGGAGUCUUUGACCCGCUCCACUCUGCUCUGCCUGUCAGCCAUCGGGGUCAUAGCGUUUGUCACCCCAAGCUUCCUCAUCGCUCUGAUUCCUCUGGCUGUGUCCUUCUACUUUAUACAGAAGUACUUCCGGGUCGCCUCAAAGGACCUUCAGGACUUAGAUGACUCCACCCAGCUUCCUCUGCUCUGCCACUUCUCUGAGACUGCAGAGGGACUCACCACCAUCCGAGCAUUCAGACAUGAAUCUCGAUUCAAGCAGAAGAUGCUGGAGCUGACAGAUACCAACAACACAGCCUACCUGUUCCUCUCUGCUGCCAACCGCUGGUUGGAGGUCAGAACGGACUACCUGGGUGCUGUCAUUGUGCUAACAGCAGCAGUAGCCUCAAUAUGGAGCUCUGGCAAGAACCUUCCCUCUAGCAUGGUGGGGUUAGGCCUGACCUACGCCCUUACAGUGACCAACUACCUGAACUGGGUGGUGAGGAACCUGGCUGACUUAGAGGUCCAGAUGGCUGCUGUCAAGAAGGUCAACAGCUUCCUGAGUACAGAGUCUGAGAACUACGAAGGCUCCAUGGAUACCUCCCAGGUCCCCGAGGACUGGCCCCAGCAUGGAGAGAUAAAGAUCCAGGAUCUGUGUGUCCGUUACGACCCCCUUCUGAAGCCUGUCCUCAAACACGUUAAUGCCUACAUCAACCCUGGACAGAAGGUGGGCAUCUGUGGACGCACAGGAAGUGGAAAGUCCUCCCUCUCUCUGGCCUUCUUCAAUAUGGUGGACGUGUUUGAAGGGCAGAUCAUCAUUGAUGGUAUAGACAUCUGUAAGUUGCCCCUUCAGACCCUGAGGUCUCGUCUGUCCAUCAUCCUCCAGGACCCGGUGCUGUUCAGCGGAUCCAUCCGGUUUAACCUGGACCCAGAGCGUACCUGUACUGAUGACAGACUGUGGGAGGCGCUAGAAAUCGCCCAGCUGAAGAACAUGGUCAAAGCCCUAACUGGGGGACUGGACGCGGUGGUGACAGAGGGAGGGGAGAACUUCAGUGUGGGUCAGAGGCAGUUGUUCUGUCUGGCCAGAGCCUUCGUCAGGAAGAGCUCCAUCCUCAUUAUGGACGAAGCUACUGCAUCCAUCGACAUGGCAACGGAGAAUGUCUUACAGAAGGUGGUGAUGACAGCCUUCGCCGACCGAACAGUCGUCACUAUUGCACACCUGGUGUCCUCCAUCUUGGAGGCUGAACAGGUGCUGGUGUUCUCCGCGGGGCAGCUAGUGGAGUGUGACUCUGCAGUCAACCUGCUAGCACAGCAGGACAGCCUCUUCAGUGUCUUAGUGAGGACUCACAAGUAGGCCCUGUCCCAGCCUGCCUUCCAGGCCUCUACAGCCUCCCGGCAUCGUGUCCACACCAUCCUGGAAGCUGACCUGGUGAUCGUGAUGAAGCGAGGGAACAUCUUAGAGAUCGACAAACCAGAGACCCUUCUGGAGAACGAGGACGGCAUGUUUGCUUCCUUCGUCAGGGCUGACAUGUAGGCUCACACACUGUCAGCCAGCACACCAUCAGUCAGUCUAUCUAUCAAUUAAUCAGCCUCCUCAGUGUUUCCCACAAUGCUUAGGUGGGGCGCAGAGUUCCAGAUAUUAUUACCAUUAUUGACUGAAGCUAAUACUGUAGGUUUUAGACGGGGGAAAUGGAGCCAGGCCGGUUGACCACCUCCACUUGGUAAUGGUAGGGGAAACACUGCUUCCCAAAGCACCACUGAUGGCCUUCUUGUGUUGAUUAUUGGUAAUGUAUUAGUUAUUGAGUGAUUGAUUGAUUGAUUGAAUGAGUGACCUAUUAACUUGGUCGUGUACGGAUCACAAUCCGUCGUUAAAUAUGAUUACAAUUUUAUAAAGCUUUACUUAAAUGUUUUAUGUUUAAAUUAUAUCUUUUGUUACACUUAUUACUAGAUGUAUAUGUAUAUAUUUUACAACAUUAUUCAUAGGUUAGCAAUAAGCAGGUAUACUGUAGUAUUACUACAUUGGUACGAACACUGUAGGGUAUAUCGCUGGAGCAUUUUUAGCCCGGUGACCCUUUGUCUGUCUGAUUAGAUGCGAUGCUGACUGAACCAUGGGACUGUGGACAUUUAGUGGUCACUGACUCCUCUUUGAAAAAGGACAGCUUUCACCGAAUGGGUGUUCUCUAAAGGACUGAAUCUUAAUGUGCACGCCUAACUUCAAUUUAUACAGAACUGGUGUACUGUAAACCAUACAUUCAUGUCAAGAUGUAUGUGAAAACUUGGAGUUAUGCAUGUUGGUGUUAAGUUAAGAUCCAGACCUAAAUGAUAAGGGAAGAUUCCGCUUUCUUCUACCUACCAUAAGCCAGGCCAGCAUUAGUUUCUACCAUACAUGGUGCUGGCUGGUGUAAUUGGUAAGGAAAGUGGUUUAUAUUUUCAGUAUUAAACCUGGUUUCUGGGGAGCUGUGCCACUGUCCCACUGUAGUACCUGAAUAUUUAUAGUUAUUUUGCAUAUCGAACAAUGAGAAUUUUAUAUUGACUUCUUUGUAUUGUAUUAUAGCCUGAAUGCCAAACUGAUUGUUGUAAGGUACACUUUGAAGAAUUUCAGUAUCUGUUUUUACCACCAUACUGCUGUGUUGUUUUGUUUGUCAGUGUAAAACGGUUUCUCAUCUCAAGAAAUUUGUUUUUAAUUCAUUCUUCAUUCUUAUUCAAUACCAAACUCAUGACCCAGAAUUCCUGCCCUACUUUCCUUACACACGUGUGGAUGUUUUCCCACUCAUGUUUUCAACUCAAGAUGCCCUCUCUAUAAUCUAUGAAUGGGUAGGCGUCUUCUAGCCUGGUUGAACCAGACUGAACCAUUGUUUCAUUUAGCUUGGAUUCCAGGCUAGGUGUCUCCCCUCAACCUUCCUACUCUCCAUUGUAUACAUUAUAAGUGAGUAGCAGCUAAGUAUGUUUAAUGUAGCUUCUGCCGUGGCGGGGGGGAGUCCAUGUAAAAGGCCAAAGGUCAACAACAUGGCCCCUAUAGUGUGGCUGCUAUCCUUCAGCAGAGUUGUCUUUUUAUGGGCAAGCAGCACUUUGGAGUCAGUCGGUCUGUCAGAAAGCGCAGAGACACAACACUCACCGCUCUCUAGAUCCAUGACAUCAUGAGAGCAGAAUGACUAUAGAUAUAGAGCACGUCUUGGAGAAUGACAUUGGAGAUGAGUGGUAGGCUAUUGUCCCUCUGAUGAAUUUGAAGGCAAGGCUGUGGUGUGUAAGUCUAUGACUGUCUGUUAAUCCUACACUUCUAAAAAACGGUUCCAGAAGGGUUCUUUGGCUGUUCCCAUAGGAGAACCCUUUUUGGUUCCAGGUAGAACCCUUUUGGAUUACAUGUAGAAGUCUCUGUGGAAAGGGUUCUACAUGGAACCCAAAAGUGUUCUACCUGGAACCAAAUAGGUUCUACCUGGAACCAAAAAUAGUUAUUGAAAGGGUUCUUCGGGGGCCGAUUUUGUCUGGAGCGGAUGGUCGGGGGGCAGGAACAUAAUUAAUAAUAAUUUGUAGACUGCUAAUUGACCGUUAGAAGCCCAAACAGAUAUAAUGUUUAACUUAAAAAUAAUCAUUUCAAACCUUACAUUUGUAUAUGAUCCCAUGUGUCUCUAUUACAGUAUGUGUGAGAAUACUUGGGAAUAGAUUUCUUAAAUUAAAAUCACUUGGAGCUGAUUUCCUGUUUAUUUUGGGGGGGGGUGCUCAGAACGCUUGGGGGGCCAAAUAAAACCACCCGCGGGCCAAAUUCGGCCUGCAGGCAGCCAGUUGGGGAACCCUGUUCUAUGGGGACAGCUGAAAAAAACUUUUUAGGUUCUAGAAAGAAAAACACAGCAGCGUUGCAGUUCUUGACACACUCAAACCGGUGCGCCUGGCACCUACUAUCAUACCCCGUUCAAAGGCACUUAAAUAUUCUGUCUUGCCCAUUCACCCUCUGAAUGGCACACACACACACAAUCCACGUCUCAAUUGUCUCAAGGCUUAAAAAUCCUUAUUUAACCGGUCUCCUCCCCUUCCUGUACCCUGAUUGACGUGGAUUUCACAAGUGACAUCAAUAAGCGAUUAUAGCUUUCACCUGGAUUCACCUGGUCAGUCUAUGUCAUGGAAAGAGCAGGUGUUCUUAAUGUUUUGUACACUCUACUUAUAGAUCUAUAGUAAUUCAGACUGCAGAUAUCCUUGAUCCAUAUCACAGAGAUUAUAUCAUCUCUGCUUUUACUAUUUAUAUUUUCAAUGUGCACAGAAAUAUAUGUUCAAAUAUUAUCAAUAAUAAUCAAUAUAAUUCCGAGACUGCAGGUUGUCUUUUUCCAUUUUAUUGUGGGCUUGUGUCUGUCUUAUAUGUACAUUGUGUAUAAUUAACAGAUGUUUUAAAUAUAGACAUAGUUGAUCAUUACACUGUGUGCCUACCUUUUUUACACUUGAACUGAUAAUAAAAAUGUGCUUUAAGUUAAAA